AGUAAUUGACGCCUUGAGCUCAGCCAUCUCACUGCUCAGCUUCCUGUCUCCUAAACGACCCGACCCUUUGUAGUUCCUGAAUUUAGCUUCUAUUAUCGCUUUGCCCUUGACCCCCAGACCGUUGUUUAUGAAUUACUCGUUUACCUCGGAUUCUUAGAUUGCAAGGGCUGCUCUGCCCAGCCUCUCCGCCCCAGCACCAUGUGGAACGACGAGGAUAACAACCCGUACGGCGCAUUCGAUAAUGAAGCCCGUCUUUCCGAAUCCUUGCAUUCGGCGACUCUCUCCCCAGGCCUCUACGACCGCGAGUAUACCCCUCCCUCUCCCUCCAGCAAGGCGUCAACUCAGGACCCGACCGAUGAUUAUCUGUCCCACCCACGGGAUUUUAGCGAUGAGGAAAAUGAAGAAUACGACGCCGAACCGGCUAGCCAUGGCUACUACCAAAAGAGUUCUUACGAUAGCCGCAUUGAACAAAUCCUUUAUGAGAACCCGGAGAUGCCGAUCCUCAUCACCGAUGCCGGAAAGAACCAUGAGGGCGGUGGAAGCUUCAUUGUGUACACCAUCCGCACCGGAGACCUGGAAGUCCGGCGACGGUACUCUGAGUUCGCUUCCCUACGGCAGACUCUCGUGAACCUUCACCCUACCCUCGUCAUACCACCCAUACCCGAGAAGCAUACAAUGGCGGAUUAUGCUGCCAAACCUACGAAGGCUAAGGAGGAUACGGCAAUUAUAGAGCUCCGGAAGCGAAUGCUGGCCGUUUUCCUAAACCGAUGUCGCCGAAUGAAAGAAGUUCGAGAGGAUGGUGUCUGGUGGAGGUUUCUGGAUCCGAAUGUUAGCUGGAGCGAGGUUCUCCACUCCCAUCCCGCGUCCUCUGUACCCAAAAACAAUUUGAAAGCACCUCCCCUAGACCCCGCGAAUCCCACGACUGCACACGCUUGGCUGCCGGUGCCAUCUGCUUCCGCGAAGCUCAAGGGUACUUCGGGACCUACAUCUUCAGUUGCGCCUCCAGUAUCUGAUGCCCCGAGCCCCGAUAUCUUGGGGCGUUUCCCUCCGGAAUCCCGCAAGUUGAGCGAACAAGAAUUAGAUCCUUAUUUCGUCAAUUUUGAGGCAUCUACGCGGGAGCUCGAGCUACUGCUCCAAGGGAAUAUCGAGAAGGUAAAUCGUCGAACACUGGCACACUUGUCCUCGUUAUCAGCAGACCUGAUGGAGCUCGGCGCACGAUACAAUGGCUUCUCUCUAUCCGAACAAUCCCCUACCGUGGCCGCAGCGAUUGAACGAAUUGGCCAGGCGGCAGACACAUCCUAUAUUGAAACUGAGGAACUCUCCAAUGCAUUAAGCGCGAGUUUUGCCGAGCCGAUGAGGGAAAGCGCACAAUUUGCCAGCAUUGUUCGUAGUGUUCUACGCUACCGAGUUCUGAAACGGGUUCAGGAAGAGAUGACCAGAGAUGAGCUUGCAAAGAAGAAAACGUUACUCGAUUCGCUGGAAAGAAGCGAGCUGGAAGCGAAGCGCAUUGAACAAUACCUGAAUCGGACAUUACCUCAAGGUUCAGGACCGAGAUCGCAGCGCUCCUUGUCUACAUCGUCAGCUACCAGUGGUCCAGGAAGUGAUGCAGGAGACACCCGUUCCAGUGGUCCCGCAGACACCACUUCUAUUGACCCAGACUUUCCCCCUACCCAUGGCGAGUCGAUCAGUUCUCAUGCGCCGACAUCCCCAGUGUCACCAUCGAGGAGACCCGAGGCAUCUGCACCAGCACAUCGCAAGUCAGCUAGCGGGACAUUCAUGACGAACAAGUUAUUUGGGCGGAUUAGCCAUGCAGUUCACGGAUUUGUUGAUGUUGAUCCCGAGAGAACGCGACGGGACCAGAUCGGCAAAACAAAGGAGAGUUUAGUUCAGUUGGAGCAAGCACUGGAAGUUUCGGAGAAGGACGUUAAAGACGCUAGCGCAGGUGUUUUGCAGGAUCUCAAGCGAUUCCAGAAGGAUAAGGAGGGCGAUCUGCGACGUUACAUGGUUGCCUACGCGCGAUGCCAUUUAGACUGGGCCCGGAAAAAUCUGGAGACAUGGACAGAGGCAAAGGAUGAAGUGGACAAGAUCGUCGUUCGCUAAUCCUUUCGCAGUGCGCGAGAUUAUGGCGUUUAUUUUGCAUCUGUUUUGCGUUUCUCAGUAAUCACGCUCGGAGAGUGAGAAUACUCGGCGUUGGCGGGUUUCUAUUUAUAUGUUUCAUGAACACUGCCGUCAUAUGUCUUUCAUAUUGAACGCAAUGAUUGACGUCGAUUUGCGAUCGACUGAAAAUCUGUUGAUCUUCGUGCAGAUCAAUCAUCUUUUAGAAGCGAUGUUGUGUAAGCCCAUAAAUUUAUCCCCUACCGAAUCUUAGUAGAUACCGGUUGAAGAAAUUGUAUAUUUCUCGUUGGAUUUUAAGAGCCAAUAGCGGAGUUCGGUUCCGCCUGGAAAGAGCGAGCGUGACCCUGCACAUGAUCUAUAUAUACUUGUCCAUUUUCCGUGUGGAACUUCACUUCUCAUCCUUCAUAUCCUUUCCCAGAACGAUCU